UAUGUUGAGGUUGUUGUGCUAUUGAUUUAUUGUCGUAGGGUAUGGUACGUUUCGUUCUGCGACGAGAGUGGAUCGGCCGGAUUCGCCUAGCGCUCACUCUCUUUGGACUGCCAUAUACCGUCUGCACCCCCGGAGUUAGGUCUGCCAUCUCCUGCUCAUCGUCCCACCUUUUCAGAACCAGUCAAACCACAAGACCCAUCAGUAGCAGUUGCUGUAACCUCUACGUGACAAUGCCAUCCUCAGCGGCGCCUCAUGUCAAGUCCAGAUGCUCCAUGUAUCCAGGGUCAAAAAUCAAGCGCUUCCCCGUGCCUGAUGAUAAAGUGGAGUGGAGUCAGAACUGGCCGCAGUAUAGCCCCGUCAGCUAUACUGACCCAUCAGUACUAAAGAAGCCAGUGUGGGCAGAUCCUGAUAUUGGCUCUUUCUCUCCACAAUUCAACACUAUAGACGGUGUUGUGGAUAGGACAAGCUUUGAGGGCAACUACAAUCAGGAAAAGGGAAAGCCCCUAAAUCCCCGUGGACGUACAGGGUUGACUGGCAGAGGUUUGCUUGGACGAUGGGGACCCAAUCACGCGGCAGAUCCCAUUGUUACCAAAUGGAAAGUUGAUGCCAAAGGAGCAAAGAUACAGCACUCCGUCUCCAAAAGGCCUGUCCUACAGUUUGUGUCCAUCAAGAGGAAAGACUGUGGGGAGUGGGCCAUUCCUGGGGGGAUGGUGGAUCCAGGGGAGCAGGUCUCUCUCACGCUGCAACGGGAGUUCUCGGAGGAGGCGUUGAACUCGUUGGCGGUCCCGUCAUCAGAGAGAGCAAAAAUCCAUGAACGCAUCACCAAACUCUUCAAAUCGCCAGGGUUUCAGGUCUUUAAAGGUUAUGUGGAUGAUCCUAGAAACACUGACAAUGCUUGGAUGGAGACAGUUGCUGUCAACUUUCAUGAUGACUCAGGCAACAGUGUGAGCGAGCUGCCGCUGCAAGCUGGAGAUGACGCAGGACAAGUCAAGUGGGUUGAUGUUGACUCGUCCUUCCCGCUCUACGCGAGUCAUUCCCAUUUCCUGGAGCUGGUCGCCAAAGAGAGGAAAGCCCACUGGUAACCAAGGACGAAAGACUGUAUUCUAUCAUACCAAUGAAGGAAACAUAAAGAGACUUAUUUGCCUCUGUGUGCGGAGUGCUCAGGCAUUUAGCAUGAACCUAAAUGCAGUCCAUUCACCUAAUAUUAUGUGAAUCCUCCCCCUUACCAAUUUAAACAAUCUUAGGUAUGAUAGAGAAAGCGAAACAUGCAUCUCAUUUGUUUUUUUUAGAUUAUUUUAGAUUAUUACUGAAGACAUCAAAACUGCAAAAUAGUAUUAUAUGUUUUAUAUUGUAGAUUCUUCAAAGUAGCCACCAUGUGCUUUGAUGACAGCUUUGCACACUCUUGGCAUUCUCUCGGGCAGCGCCAUGAGCUCGUCACCUUGAAUGCUUUUCCAAUAGUCUUGAGGGAGUUUCAUAUAUGCUGAGCACUUGUUGGCUGCUUUUCUUUCCCUCUGCGGUCCAAUGUCUGGAAAAAAAUCAAGAAGGGAAGAAACUAAUUCCACCAACUGGCUUUUUACAAGUUACACCUGUCAAAGUGAAAAACAUUCCAGGUGACAACCUCACGAAUCCCUUUAGAAUAAUAUCCAAAGGAGUGCAAAGCUCUCAUCAAGUGAACAGUGGCUAUUUUGAAGAAUCUAAAACAUAAAACAUUUUGCUUUGAUAAUGCUUACACAUAAUUUCACAUGUUCUUUCAUUGUUUUGAUGUAUUCAGUAUUAAUCUUCUAUGCAGACAAUAUGGACAAUAAAGACAAACCAAUGAAAGUAACAGUUUGCUUGGCUGCAGUUUUGGACUCCGUGUCUGGAAGACGCUUAACAUGAGAGAGUAAAAUGUAAGAUGCUGCUGAGUGGCACACCACGUUAUUUCUGUUGGCACAAAUUAUGCUAAUUUAUUCACUGUUAACAAGGAUCACAUUAAACCAGCGUGAUCGCGGAAGAACAAACACAAUAAACUGCAAUGAACAUAACAUGUACUACAUUAAUUUAAGUGUGAUAAGGGGGAGCAAUCAAAAUGAAAACAUGUAGACUUGCUUUGAUCUUUACAUGUGAAUGGAAUAUGAAGAUGUGCUGGAGCUUCCCACACUGCCCAGCAGUGAAGCAAGCUGAACUGAGACAGGCUGAAGCUAGAGGGCGAACAUGUUUUCAAGUGGUAACAAACGGUGGAAAGCAAAGGCCAUUUCACACUCGACAGCCUGCCUUUACGAAACACAGCCCAUCUCACUGCCGGGCAUACUUUGCGAUGAAGCAGGGAUGGAGGAUUGUGCAUUAAAUGUCUCUUAUCUGUUAGGAUUCAUGAUGCAAACUACCUAACUAACAUGUGGACACCUCUGUCAUCAACAGAUAGCUAAUAUUAAAUUAGUUGCAAUAAUGAGAAAUAACUUGCAAUAACAUAAGGUCUUCUGGCUGAGUUAACAGAUUCCAUAAACUGUGAUAUGAAUAUUCUGUAUGCAAUGCCCACUAGGCACUUAUGGGAAAGGGAAAGAAGGUUGCUGCAAUUGGGUCUAUCCAGUGGGAACCUCUUACAAGAAAAACUUCAUUGAAUUAGGUCCACAACAGGUCUAGGAGGCGCCACAAAUCCUAUAAACCCCUUUUUAUUUGCUUUUAUUGCUACUCAGUCCACAAGAUUUGCCUGCAUAACAUGAUAUUCAGUUGUAUUAAGGUACGAUACCAGCAGCUGUGUGUCACUAUAAUACAGUCUGUGCAUUAUAAUCUGAAAAAUCUUCACACCAAUGCAGAUGCACAUUCAGCUCUGGUAGAGUCAUAGUCCUCCCCGGCCACUUUCCAGCUCCACUGGAGCAUUUACAGUAGGAGCACUAACAGCAUUUGUUGUUGCAGCAAGGGAGAGUAUUUCCCAUCUGGAUUUCCCCAGGUGUGCUAUUCAAAACCAUUGCCUUCAAGUUCUGUUUAUUUCUGCCUAAUGUAGUUUUUGGAUUCUGGUCAGUACAAGUCAAAAAAUAAAUAAAUGGUAGGAUGAGAGAACGUUAUAUCUUAGAUGCUGCACAACCGAGUGAUGAAAUAACUUUAAUUAGCUUCAUUAUUAUACCCAAUGUUAUACAUAAUGCAUUUCUGUUUGGAUGUUCUGUAUAUGCUAUAAUAUAAAAAUGAGGAGGAGUCUACUUACUAAACUUGCACUGAA